AUGAUGCAUUCAGCCAUGUUGCGGAAGAGGCUCUUCUCAACCUUUCGUCCUUUGCAGCAUGAUAACCCGCUGGGUCUUCCUCGCUCCGGCACGCCGCCCUCGUUCCCUCGUCGCCGCGGAUUACCGGAGAAGCGCAAGAUUCGCGAUGUGAAAAAGAUUAUCGCGGUUUCAUCUGCCAAGGGUGGUGUUGGGAAAUCUACAAUUGCCGUAAACCUAGCACUAUCGUUCGCACGGCGCGGAAUCAGAACAGGAAUCCUCGACACCGAUAUCUUCGGUCCAUCCAUACCAACACUCCUCAACCUCUCAGGCGAGCCCCGACUAGACGAAAAUAACUGCCUCCUCCCAUUAACAAACUACGGCCUCAAAUCAAUGUCAAUGGGCUACCUCCUCCCGCAACCGACACCCUCCCCCGAAGACCCCUCCACAAUCCCCAUGGACACAACCCCCAUCUCCUGGCGCGGUUUAAUGGUCACGAAAGCAAUGCAUCAGCUCCUCCACUCCGUCUCCUGGGGUCCUCUCGACGUUCUCUUCCUCGAUCUUCCCCCCGGUACAGGCGACGUCCAAUUAACGAUUGGCCAGGAGAUCAUCGUUGACGGCGCGGUGAUCGUGUCCACGCCGCAGGAUAUCGCUCUACGAGAUGCGGUGAGGGGAUACGGCAUGUUCCAGAAGAUGGAUAUCCCCGUUCUGGGAAUGGUGAGGAAUAUGGCGUUUUUCGCGUGUCCGCAGUGCGGGCAUCAGACGAAGAUCUUUUCGCAUGGUGAUAAGUCUGAUGCGUCGGAGCAUUCUCACCAAGCAGAGGACUGGGGUGUUGUGGCUGAGUGCAAGAGGUUAGGGGUGGAGUUCCUGGGAGAUAUCCCGCUUGAUGCCAGGGUCUGCGAGGAUGCCGAUCGAGGCAUGCCGACGGUUGUUGCCGAGGAGAGUCAGGAUCGUAGCGUGAGAAGAAAGGCCUUCCUAGAUGUUGCGGAGAAGGUAGCGGGGAAGGUUGGGAUUGAAUGGUGA